AUGGGUCAGAAACAGGCGAAGAAGAACGAUUAUGACCACAAGAACGAGAAAGCAAGGAAGAACGAGGAAACGUCGUACCCGACCACCGUUGUCUUGAAGAUCGACAUGCACUGUGACGAAUGCGCAUCAAAAGUCAUCAAAUGCCUACACGCUUUCGGAGGUGUGGAGUGUGUGAAGCCGGAGAUUAGGACAGAAAGCGUUGAUCCCAUCAAACCAAAGGACAAGCUUUCUGGGAAGACGAAGAAGAAUGUUGAUAUUGUCUCUCCUCUUCCCAACAAGGACAAGGAAAACAAGCCCAAAAACAACGAAAAGAAAACCAAAGACAAAGAGGCUCCGGUGACAACAACGGUGCUGAAGGUAUUUAAUCUUUGCCCGUGCCAAGGUUGCUCCCAUAGGAUUCGCAGGGCUGUGUUGAAGUUCAAAGGGGUUAAGGAAGUGAGUACAGAUAGAGAGAAGGGGAUGGUUAUGGUUAAGGGCACAAUGGACGUGACAGCUCUGGUGCAGAAGUUGUCAGAGAAGUUUAGGAGGAAGGUUGAGGUGGUUCCUGCCAAGAAGGAGAAGGAGAAGGAGAAAGGAAAGGAGAAGGAGAAGGAUAAGGAGAAAGUAAAGGAGAAGGAGAAAGAGAAGAAGAAGAAGGAAAAUGAAACUGAGAAAGAAGGUGACAAAGGAGGGAGUGGCUCCACCAAGAAGAAGAAAAAAGGUGGUAAUGAAGGAGAUAAUGAUAAGGAUAACGAGGGAGAUGGUAAAGGCCAGGCGAAAACUGGAAAAAAUGAUAGCAAUUAUAUGGUACCUGCAUGUGGUUAUGGUUAUGGUGAAUACUACUACUACGUGGGGCAAUAUUAUCCUGCAUCAGAGAUGUUCAGUGAUGAAAAUCCCCAUGCUUGUCACAUUAUGUGA